CUCAGAUAACUCGAUGUAAAUUGGUCUCUCCGGUUUUCGACCAGGAAUGAGAGGGGACAUUAAUUCCUAAAAGCCUGAAGAAAGAACUUUAUAUUACAGUCACGGUACCCAUCGGCAGUACCAGUUCUGUUAUCCUGCGGCACCUUUUUGUUUAAGAAAGCAUGGCAGCAGUGAGACAUAUUUGUUUGUGUUUAUUAGUGCAUCUUGUUGUUACGUAUUCUGUUGAAGAUUUUGAAUCAGUUGUCAUUGAUUCAGCAGACUCAUUAGAACUUCAACAUAACAUUAAACGAGAUGGAAAACAAAUUUUACUAGAGCCAGCUACUUUCUCGUUGCUGAACUAUGUGUCUACAAUACCCCAAAUCCAGCCUCUGCCCCAACCGUAUCAAGCAAAUGAAUUCAACAUAGCAGCCCCUGGACUUUGUUACAAUAGUAGAAAUGAACUGGGAAGUUGUGUUGCUUUUAAAGAAUGUUAUCCUUAUUUCCAAUCUGCUAACGUGGGUAACUUUGACAUGUGGAUUUUGGGCAUGUAUGACACGUGCAGCUACUAUUCUCCCCAAGGACGACAGGUUUUGGGGAUUUGUUGUUCAACCGCGAGUCAACCUACACAAAUCACAAAUCGUCCACUCGUGAUAGAGGAAAGUAGCCAUCAACCCGAAAUUCAAAAUAAUAACGAAGAAGCUCACCAAAGUGCAAAGAUUCCAAAUUGGCCCCCACCACUUCCAACUCAUCCACCAGAUCAUACUAUUCCUCCUCUACCAACCCAUCCUCCUAGUCCCAGUUAUCCAGGUCUGCUCACUACUAUGCGAGUAUCAACCACUCGCCACCCCUUAGGAUUUAUAACUACAAAACCUUCGACAGCAAAACCAACAACGAAAAAACCACCAUCAGACGUAGGAUCUGCCGCCUGUGGUGCCAAAAAUGGGUUCCAGGAUCAAGGAAAAAUCGUUGGAGGACAUAAUGCUGAUUUAAACGAGUGGCCUUGGAUUGCGGCUCUUUUUAAUAAUGGAAGGCAAUUUUGUGGUGGCUCUUUGAUUGACAGUACUCAUAUAUUGUCAGCUGCUCAUUGUGUUGCACAUAUGAGCUCUUGGGAUGUUGCUCGACUUACAGUCAGAUUGGGUGAUCAUAACAUUAAAACCAAUUCUGAAGUAAAACAUGUGGAAAAACGUGUGAAACGAGUAGUGAGGCACAAAGGUUUUGAUUCAAGAACACUGUACAACGAUAUUGCCAUAUUAACAUUAGACAGUCCAGUAGAAUUUAAUUCUGUGAUUAGACCAGUGUGUCUGCCAUCAAGUGGAGGAAGAGAUUGGGCAGGAUCAACAGGAACUGUUAUAGGGUGGGGAAGCAUCAGAGAAAGUGGUCCACAACCAUCGGUUCUCCAAGAAGUUAAUAUUCCUAUAUGGAGUAAUACAGAAUGCAGACAAAAAUAUGGACAUGCCGCUCCAGGAGGUAUUGUAGAACACAUGUUAUGCGCUGGACGAGCCAAUAAGGAUUCUUGUAGUGGAGAUUCUGGUGGCCCUCUUAUGGUAAACAACGGUAGAUGGACCCAAGUUGGUAUCGUGUCCUGGGGAAUUGGAUGCGGAAAAGGACAAUAUCCUGGCGUUUACACACGAGUUGAGAAGUUUUUGCCUUGGAUUUAUAAAAAUCUGAAAUGAGCAACUAGACUUUUCGCAAAUUACGAAAACAACUUUACUUAAGUAUACUUAAUUAAAUUUUUCUGUGAAUUCGAUAUCUUAAGACUUAAAUAUAACUUUUGAUAAAA